AUGGCGAGACUCGUUAUCAUGGCAAUCUUCCUAGUGGGGUUGGUGGCCAUGGCUGAGGCCACCAUCUACCGGACCACCAUCACCACUACUGUCAUACAAGAUGGUGACAAAAGCCAAAGCCAAAGCCAAAGGCAAAGCCAGUCUGAUGAGUGCCGGAAAGAGAUACAGAAGCACCAGUUGAACGAGUGUCGGCAAUUGAUGAGGUCAUGGCAGAUGGGGCUCCUCAUGAGGGGCGGUCAGAAGGAUGAUACACAGGGAUGCUGUGAAGAGCUGCAGAAUGUGAAGGACGAUUGCACCUGUGAGGCGAUCCAGUGGACGGUUCAGCAGCAGCAGCAGCAAAGUCAAUUACAGGGAGAGGAGAUGGAGAGAUUAAUGAAGAAGGCGGAGCAGCUUCCUUCCAUGUGUGACUUGUCACAGACCUGUCACUUCAGCGAGAGAAGCGACUAG